ACCAUUUGGAUUGACAGCUCGCGACAUAAAAAUGGCAGCGCCCAGGUCAACCUUCUUAUGUUGCGGUUCAAACUAGUUCAAACUUCCCUUUUCAGUGCAUCGAACCAUUGAUCGAACUAAAGACAUGGAAACUCGUUGCGUAUCUUCAACAUCUAGGAAUUGUGAGCGUCCAUCUUCGUUUACAGGUUUGGUAAACAGACGCGUUGUGCUCAAGUCUCGUCCUGGUGCCGACGGCGAGCCGCAGCUCAGUAAUUUUGCUACGGAACAGUGCGCUACACCACGAGAGUUCAUUGACGGCGAGGUCCUGGUUCGAAGCGUGUUCCUGUCCAUCGAUCCUGCCUUGCGAUGUCGCAUGAACGAGAAUACGGGCGUGCACUACCUCACGCCGUGGCUCGUUGGGCGCUGCGUCGAAGGUUUGGGCGGCGUCGGCAUCAUCGAGCAGUCCCACAGCGCUCUGCUUGAGAAAGGCGAUAUUGUCUGCAGAGCCAUGUCUUGGCCUUGGCAGCUGUACUUCAAGACGACCGCCGAUUCACUUCAAAAAUUGGACGUCCAAGAACUUGGUGGCGACGUGUCCGUCGUGCUGACAUGCCUAGGUCUCACGGGACUCACGGCGUUGCUCGGGCUGCGCGAAAAAGGCGGCAUCAAGCCGUCUGCCAACCAGACUUGUGUCGUGUCCGCGGCGGCUGGCGCCUGCGGUUCUCUGGCGGGCCAGAUUGCAAAGCUAGAAGGCUGCAAGAGAGUUGUUGGCAUCUGCGGUUCGGAUGAGAAGUGUGACUUCCUGACCAAAACGCUCAAGUUCGAUGCGGCCAUUAAUUACAAGACCCAAGACGUGGACGAGAGGCUGACGGUGACAUGUCCCGAUGGCAUUCAGGUGUACUUCGACAACGUGGGCGGCCCCGUCAGCGACGCCGUCAUCCGGCACAUGACUUCCGACUCCAACAUCGUGCUGUGCGGCCAAAUCGCUGUGUACAACAAGAGCGUACAUUACCCGCCACCCUUGUCCGAGGACAUCCAGAAGAUCGUCAAGGAGAAGCGCAUCAGCCGGGACCGGUUCCUGGUGCUCCAGUACCAGGACAAGUUCGACGAGUGUCUCGCGCAAUUGAAGGCCUGGCUCAAGGAAGGAAAGCUGGUUGCGCGCCAGACCGUCGAGAGAGGUCUCGAAAACGCGCCGCGAGCUUUCAUCAGCAUGAUGAACGGAGGAAACAUCGGCAAGCAAGUGGUCAUGGUCAGCGACCUUACUAAAUCCACGUGAUGUGGUUGAAUCUUCAAACGCAGUGUCCGCGCAGCUCUCAGAACAGCCGAGACUGCAGGACAUGGCAAAUUGCAUCACUUGGCAAGCAUGUCGCAUGCCCCAAGUCUCGCAGACUGCUCUCCCUGAAGAAAACGAUUGGUUACAGGGUCCAAUAGCAUUAAGCAUCGACGCUAUAUGCAAUUAAUCGCUGUUUGCCGCUGCGCUCGCGGAAGGGACCGCAGAAGCCUAAAAUUCUAGGCUAGUUGUGAGUAAUAAAGCUUUCUUGUAAUUGA